UAUGCUGUACCCAAAAAAAAUUCAUGUCUAACCUGGCUCACAUGGAACGUGUAAUACUUUGAAAUUCUCUUGCCAUCAUCUCAGUUAUUAAUAACUUGGCUUCUUUAAAUCAACCAAACCUUGUCCUUCCCGUUGAAACUAGCACCCCCCACAAUUGAUGGCAGGCUUAGCACCUUUUGACCUCGAUAAGAAAUUUACCUUAUCGCAAGUUCCACAUCCGGCAUGGAAACCGCAGAACUCUCAAGGUCGUUCAGAACAUGCCGUUCAAAAAGUUGCUUUAGACCCUCAAGAAAUUGGACCAGGCAACUCCUACAAACUGUUGAUUGGAGGCGUGGUCCCUCGCCCCAUCGCAUUUGUCAGCACACGUUCGAAAACAGGUUUACUCAACUUAGCACCGUUCUCCUUCUUUAACGUGGUAUGUAACGAUCCGCCAACCGUAGCUAUCAGUAUAGCUAUGGCUGGGGGCCACCAGAAGGACACUGCCACCAACAUAUUGGAUUCCGGAGAAUUUGUCGUCAAUAUCAUUUCCGAAUGGUUCGCAGAGGCUGCAAAUUAUACAUCCAUAGACGCUCCACCGGGCCAAAGCGAAUUCCAACUUAGUGGAUUGACGCCAAUCGAUUCGCUUCAAGUGCAAGCCCCGAGAGUAAAGGAAAGCGCCUACCAAAUGGAAUGUAAACUUGUCCACCACUUGCCAAUCAUUAACAAGGAAGGAAAAACAACUUUUCUUCAUAUUAUUGGAGAGAUUUGCAUGUUCCACAUUGACGAUGACGUUGUGGAUACCAAUAGCUAUCAUGUCUCCCUCGAAAAACUUAGACCUCUGAGUAGAUUGGGUGGUAUAUCUUAUGGCCGCACCACAGAAGGAUAUGAGAUCCCUAGACCUAAAUGGGAAGAAGAAAAGGAGAAGUUCGCAUAAUAGAGCGUUUCUUGUCAUUCUGCUACCAUUGUGCUUGUGACUGUGCAGUAAUGAACUUCCCCAAUUGCUUGGUAACAACAAAAAUAUAUUCAAUUUGUUACCCUAUACGCUGCAAUGAGUAAACGCAUGUUGGUUUUGGUGGGCUUACCGGGCUCUGGCAAAAGUACAU